CUCGGGGAUGGCCGGUAACUCCUUGCAAUCUUCCAUACACGGUGGUGACAUGGACGAGUUCAUCCACUGCUGCGACGUGCUCCUCGUGAAUGGCAGCGCGGGGUCCGCGGCCCAGCGAGAGGCGCACGACCGCCUCCUCCGCUUCCAGAUGGACCCGACGUCGUGGCAGCUCGUGCUUCGCGUGCUCAUGUCCUCGGCCGCCGGCGCGUCGGUCUCGGAGGCGGCGCUUUUCAUUGCGGCGCGGCUGCUCCGAAGCGCCAUUCCGGUGCUGGACGCACCGGACCAAGUCCAUGUGCGCGAUAACUUGCUGCAGUUUCUGAUCGCCGACCGACCGCGGACGUCGGCGUCGGUGCGUCCUGUCGAGCGGCUCGUGUGCCUCGCGCUCGCGAGCGCCGUCGUCCAGAUCCAGCAAGAUUGGCCGUCGUGGAAGGAGCGUCUGCACAGCACGCUCUUGGCAAACCAAGCGUCGCCACACGGGCUGCUGCUCUUGCUCGAGGUGCUCGCGGGCAUUCCUGGUGAGAUCUACUCGCAGUGCUCGCUCGCCGAGUCCGUGCCCCAGGUCGCCACGAUGGUCCAAGCCUUUCAGAAGGACGCAAUCCACGUGCUGCAUCUUGUUCGGGACACGCUCAUCUCCAUGCCGGAUGCUGCGUUCGUCGCGCUCACGUGUCUCCAAAACUGGGGCCACGACGUCAUGCCCGUGGUUGAGAUUGAGUUUGGGCUCUGCUCGGUCGACUUGAGCGAAGGGUGCGUGCCGCAAUGUGGCGCUACGACUACCCUUCCUGUAGGCAGCUCUUUGACCUGCUCAUCGAUCUCAUGAUCACGCCCAAACAAGACGUCUCCCAGCUAGCCGCCGAGAUCAUUGCCGACACGCUCUCCCACACCAACUCGUCGCCAGCGCUCGGCAACAUUCCUGCACAGCGCUACGAGCGAGAAGCGACGCUCGUCGUCCGCGUCGCCAAGCGCAUUCUCUCGACCAAACCCGUCUUGCUCAACGCGAUCCACGCGCUCUCGGCCAAAGAGGCGUCCGAAGACGCGUUCAUGGACGACCCGUCGCUCGAGGCUGCCAUCACCGUCGCGCGCGGAUUGGCCAAAGUCGCGUCAGUCAUUGCCUUUGCGCAUUCGCACUGCGUGUUUGCCGGCGGCUGGUGCGCGGCGAUUCGGCAGGCCGAGGCGUGCGCCCCCGAUGUUGUCGAGGCGUACCUCGCGUACCUGGUCCUCUGCACGUCCUUUCCGGACGCGACCGUGACGGAAGAGACGCUCGAGUUUUGGUUCUUUGUGUUUGAGAUGAAGAAGCGCUGGAACGACAUUCCGUCGCUCUCGUCGUGGAGUGACUUUGUACCGACGGCGCUUCCCGUUGUGCAAGAGGUCGUCGUGCUUCUUAUUCUCAAGUGCCAGUACCCGCCGUGGUUUUUCACGACCAAGAGCCUCACGUCCGACCACCCGGCCAUCGACGCGACACGGGACCUCCGCCGAUACAUUGGCGACACCCUCCUCAACAUCUUUGCCAAUUGGCCGGAUGUGGACGGCCGGCUCGGCAGCUACGUGUGCUUGGAGACCGUGGUCGGCCUCAUGACGACCUCCAACGACCUUCCGCAAGUCGACGCGCUCCUCUUCGUGCUCGACUACAUGGUGGAGCUCUUUGAUUUUGACGACGUGGACACCGAGAGCGACGGCUUGUUCAACGCCGUGCAAACGCUCUGGGAGUCGGCGCUCGCGGUGUUUCCUUCGUUCCCAGACCACCCGCUGCUCAUGCAAGGCAUGUGCCGGCUCAUCAGCUCGCUCGUCGUUUCGAUGCAGUUUGACGAUACGUACUACCAACUGGUCACGAGCGUGCUCGCCAAGGGCCUUGCGUCGCCGGUCGUGUGCGCGCCGGCCGCCAAGGCGCUUCUCAAACUCAACAACGCACUCACGAAAUCCAAGGCCACGCCGGCGACAAAAGCCGCGUGCAUCCAGCUGCUCUUGAGCGCCAUCGACCGUCCAGACGUCCUCGCCACGCUCUUUGCCGCCGCGCCCGCGUACGGAGACUUCUUGGAGGCGCUCCUGCGCCUUGGCAUGGGCUUUUCCGAGACUGACUACAUGGCGGUCAUCAACUGCGCGUUUCCGCGCAUCCUCAGUGCCCUUCGUCAAAUGACAAGAGAGUCGAAUGCUCUCGAAGUCGAGGCCGUGCUCUACCUCUUGUCGCGCGGCCUCCACGGCAUCCGCCAAGCCAGCAUGCGCGACGCCUUCGUUGUCGAGCACUGGCCGCUCAUCCGGCACAUUACGAUCGACCUCUUUGCGCACAGCGGGCGCGUCCGGGAGCUCGCCAUCCAAGUGUUUACAUCGAUCCUCCCGGCGUCGAGCCGCAACGACGUUGUCCUCGACAUUCUCGAGACGUGCGUCCGAUGGCAUCGCGCGUACGCGGCGCCCUAUGUGCUCAAAUGCAUCGGCACGUUCGCGCAGUCGUGCCCGCCGAGCCUCACGCCGCAUUUGGCCUCCGUGUUCGACAACAUCUUUCAGUCGCUUUCGGAGAAGCUCCAGUACGACCUCAGCGCGCCGCUCGAGGCGAUGCAACGUCAUAUGCUCGAGCGCUUCAAGGUCGCCAAAGACGACUUGGGCGCCGAGACUACGCUGUACUUUCAAAUGCUACGUGACGCGCUCGCGACGCUGCCCGACUUGGUGGGUCGACCGCCCCUCUUUCUCGAGGUCCUCAAGCUAGCGUGCGUCCUCUUCUCGAUCGAACACCAGCUUCCAGAUGUGACGGACGCGCUCUGCAGCUUCUUCAUCGACGCGCUCAGCACCGACGCUGUCGACGUCGACGCCUUCAAGAUGAUUGCGUCCGUCCUCGUCGACACGAUGCUCCGGCUCCUCGCCGCGACGCCGAUCUCAUCCAAGAAGCGCGGUCUCCUCAACCUCCUGUACCAAGCGCUGCAGGCCGCGAACACCCGCAUCGCCAUCCGAGAGGCAUUUGGCGCGGCGCUGCACCACGCACUCGUGGUGACGCGCGUCUUUCCGUCCGUGGCACCGGCCGAUGCGCUCCUGCUGUCGCAGAUGCUCCUCGGUACGCGCGAGAAGCGCAAGUUUCAAGUGCUUGCGACAACCACCGCGACGUACUUGCAGGGUCUCGGGGCCGCGCCGUGGCUCACACCGACGCUGCACGUCACCAGCCCCCGUAGCCCGACGCCCUUGGCGCUCAACGAGUUCAUCGACGUCAUGAACUAAGACGCCGCGUUGUCUACUACACUACGAUCACCGAGAUGCCACACUUCGAUCCCAGAGAGGCGACUAAGAUCACACAGAUAAUGUACUAAUUCAGGUCCAAGCAUUUGAAGCGCGA